AUGCUGAAGACCGGGGUGCUGGUCCAAGUUGUUGGACAGUAUGCUGAUGUCGGCAAGAAGGACGCCUUCUCCUCAUGUGCCUCCCACUUCACUGUGGUGCUCAUCUUCUAUGAGAACCUUUUCACUUCAACCAAGAGAAAAGAAUUUAUGCUUUGCUACUUUGUGGAGGAGUGUCUUCAUUUCCCUGAGAGGGCUCCUGUGUUAUACCAAAUGGAACUAAAUGCAAAUGAAAACAUAACGGGGGCAAACCUCUGGGACACACUGAGCACCAUCCUGAGGGGUGAGGAGGGCAGAUUCACACCUAACAUCCUGGAGAACAAGGAAGCACUGGAGCUGCUCAAGACUGCAAUUGCCAAGGCCGGCUACACUGACCAGGUUGUCAUCGGCAUGGAUGUGGCUGCCUCCGACUUCUACAGGUCUGGCAAGUAUGACCUGGACUUCAAGCCUCCGGACGACCCCAGCAGGUACAUCACGCCUGACCAGCUGGCCGACCUAUACAUGUCCUUCAUCCAGAGCUACCCAGUGGUGUCCACUGAAGACCCCUUUAACCAGGACGACUGGAAUGCCUGGCAGAAGUUCACAGCUGGUGCAGGCAUCCAGGUGGUGGGUGAUGACCUCACAGUGACUAACCCUAAGCGGAUUGCCAAGGCUGCAGGCGAGAAAUCCUGCAACUGCCUCCUGCUCAAAGUGAACCAGAUCGGCUCUGUGACCGAGUCUUUGCAGGCUUGUAAGCUGGCCCAGUCCAAUGGCUGGGGCGUCAUGGUGUCCCGCCUAUCUGGGGAGACCGAGGACACUUUCAUCGUUGACCUGGUGGUGGGGCUCUGCACUGGGCAGAUCAAGACUGGUGCCCCUUGCCAAUCUGAGCGCCUGGCCAAGUACAAUCAGAUCCUUAGAAUCGAGGAAGAGCUGAGCAGUAAAGCCAAGUUUGCUGGCUGGUCCUUCAGAAACCCCCUGGCCAAGUAA